AUGGCGUCUUCAUCUAAGAAGUCCACCAAAUCUCAAUGCUUUAAAGGAAGAAGCAGGUCAUUUACGACUGUAAUUCAUCCUGACAAGGACAAAAUUGAAAUCUGUCCAAAUUUUAAGCUUCAGUGGCGUGAUCAGUUCAAGAGGGAACCCUUUGCUGUUUUGUCACAUUCCAGUGGUAACAGUGUUGUGCUUGAGUUAUGUUUUUCUCGAAGUGACUGCUACAUGAUUUCUGGAAGAAUGGCGUCAAUUUUAUACGGUUUUAAAGAACCAACUGAGGUCGUUGUUGAUUAUGAAAUUAAGGACAAUUUGAACUUUUUCAAGUUCAAUAUUCUCAAAGGAAAAGAUAUUAUUUAUCUCUCCAGUGAUGAUGAAGAUGGUGAUGUUGUGCCUGUGAUUGAUCUUUCUAAUAUUAGGCCUUAUACUCUUCAUGCUUUUGAUAACAAUCGGGUCUUUGGUUGGGAGAUGAUGGUUACCAAUGCUUAUUCAAGUGAUGUGAAACAACAAGUGUUGCAUUUCCCUUCCCGUACUGCUAAGUCUGUCAUCCGAGAUAGGAAAGAGAUUGUCAUCAGAACUCGUCACCGUUUGGAUGGAGUAAAAUGUGCUAUCAAGACUUAUCGUAGAAAGAAGAACCGGGUUGUGGUAAAGGAGGAGAAGUUUUUGACUAAUGGUUGGUUCCAGUUCAAGACUGCGAACAAACUUAAAGUGGGAGACAAGCUGGAGUUUAAUCUUUCCGAUCCACCUCAUGUUUUAGUUGUUGAUAUUAUUCGCCGAAGCCGUUGAAGAAGUUAUUUCAAUGUUUUAAAUGUUUGUCUGUUGGAUCAGUUUUUAAUUAAGUCGUUUAUGUAAUGUUCUUAGCAUGUUUUCAACCAAAAACUUCUUAUU